GGCGGCAAACAGGUGCCUUUCAGCGCCAUCAACAAACCCCACCAUGCGGUAAUCCAGCCCCACAGGAACUGUCGGUGGUGCUCUAGAUUGUAUAGUAAUGAGACGUCACGUUAUAAAUCCGCGAUGUACCAGCCAUACGCGCAAGCGCACCAGUAAUUAAUCCCAUACUGUCAACAUGAUGGGUUUACCCAAAAGAUGGAUACGGCAACUCACCUACGUGUUCAGCUUGCUUGGGGCCGCCUUCCUAUUGGUGCUCUUUGCCAAUAAGCACGAUGUCAUCAAUGUGGAUAAAAUUUUUCCCCAGGCGUUGACCAGUUUGACGCCCUCGUUCUUCCAACCACCUUCAGAUCUGUACAUCAUUGACAUAGCCAUUGGCAACUGUUACAAGGUCAAAGGCGAUGGUAAGAGAUGUGGUGUUCCCAAGGCUGUCGACGGCAGACUUGGCAAUUUAUUCGACACUGGUGGCUGGUUCAGGAUAGACAAAGAUUUGGGAUUGGGCACCUCCUGGACCAAAAAACAGUACUUCUCGUACAAAAGGGUCAACUCUCAGGUGUUGAGUGGCAGAAUCACCCCUUCCGAGAAGCCUUCCGAGAAGGCCGAUUCAAAGGGAAAGAGAGACAAGACUGGCAAAGAGACCUCGCAGGACGUGAUCGUCGAUAUUGCCAUUUCCAAUCCCACAAGCGAUUCCCGUAUCAAGGGCAACAGAAAGAUCCCCGAGCAUAUUCUUGACGAGUUCCAUGCCACCAGAGAAUUCAACGAUGCCGAUUUGCAAAGGUUGAGGGAAGAAGGCCAGAAAAAUAGCGGCAAAAAGACAGAAGCGCUCACGGUGGAUAAGGACAAAGCUGCCAGCAACAAGAUUAACGAGAUCAACAAGAAGAUCGAAAAAGAACAGAAGGAAAAAGCAGAAAAGGAAAAAGCAGAGAAGGAAAAAGCAGAGAAGGAAAAAGAAGAAAAGAAAAACCAGGCCAAGAGAACUGUCGAGACCGACAGAUUCAAGCUUGAAAGAAUGAUGUAUAUUCCCACUGACGAAGAAAUUAAGGAAGCUGGGUGGGUAGCAAAAUCCAACGGCAUCUGGGUCAAGUACGGCAAGGCCUCCCCUGAAAAUGCCAUCACUGGUAUCGACAUUCUCUUUGGAGAGGACGCAGUCGAUCCAAGACCAAACUGGAGACUAAUCGAACGGAGUCCAUUAUUGGAUACAUUAGCUCCUUCUGGAAAGAGUGCAUACUUGACAAUUAGAAGAGGCCCUAGGGUGGAUUACUCAAAGUAUCUAUUACCAUUGAAGCUCAACAAGGGAAAGUUCAAAAUUUUGCAAGUAGCAGACUUGCAUUUUUCUACGGGUGUAGGAAAUUGUCGUGAUCCUUCCCCUGCAGACACCAAGAAGGGGUGCGAGGCUGAUCCUAGAACAUUGAGGUUCCUUGAAAGUGUGUUGGACAUCGAAAAGCCAGACCUAGUAGUGUUAACUGGUGAUCAGGUGUUUGGACAAGAAGCUCCAGAUGCCGAAACCGCAGUAUUCAAGGCAUUGAACCCGUUUGUAUCCAGAAAGAUUCCGUUUGCUGUUACUUUGGGAAAUCAUGACGACGAGGGUUCCUUGUCCAGAAGUGAGUCCAUGGCAUUGUCAGCAAACCUUCCAUACUCCAUAGCAGCAAUGGGACCCGAGGAAGUCGACGGGGUUGGAAAUUAUAUUGCAACUGUUGAAGAUCCAUCCAAUGGACACUCAAUAUACCUUUAUUUCUUGGAUACCCACAAAUACUCCCAGAAUCCAAAGGUUACUCCUGGGUAUGAUUGGAUCAAGGAAAGCCAGUUGAAAUGGCUUGAGAGAGAGGACGCAGCAUUGAAGAAGGAUGCUUUUUUCUACUCUAAGAAGCACUUAUCCAACUCUAAGAAGGACUUAUCGAUGGCAUUCUUCCAUAUUCCGUUACCGGAAUACCGCAACACAAACAGACCGUUUGUGGGUAAAAACCCCGAAGGUGUCACCGCGCCCAAAUAUAAUUCUGGGGCCAGAAAGGUAUUGGGAUCUUUGGGGGUUUCGGUAGUUUCUGUGGGCCACGACCACUGCAACGACUACUGUCUUCAGGACGUGGUCAAUGAGGAAACUAGCGAGGAGAACAAGAUGUGGCUAUGCUAUGGAGGAGGCUCCGGCGAGGGGGGAUACGGGGGUUAUGGUGGCUACAUCCGGAGAAUGAGAGUUUUCGAGCUCGAUCCACUGGUGGGAAACAUCAGAAGUUGGAAGAGGGCCGAGAACGACCCUGAGCAGGUGUUUGACGACCAAGUAUUGGUUUCUGAGGGAACCGUAGCGAAUAUAUAGAGAGUCCAUUAGAGCUUGGAUACUAUGAGACCGACACUGUAUUGGUUGGUGGUUUUUCAAGUACGCAAUACAUAUAUACAUAAAUAGUUUAUUCGAGCAUGAGAAGAGACUGACACAAGGUUGGAUAGUGAUAUUUUAAAGAAUGUAAAGAGUAAAAACGUGAAUCCCCUAUAGUAAUGGAAUUGUCUUGAGGACUUUCAGACCUAUGAUAGCUCUCUUCAGUACCGCUAGGGUUUUUCAGCAAGUAACCGUAAGUUUUCAGGCUCCAGCUGUCUCAUUCUU